UCACUCCACGUGCUUCUCUUUCUCUCCAUUCAGCGAUUCCUGCGGAUUCUCCAAGCUCCUUCGUUGUCCAAAGGGAAGCUCAGCGGCCGGCGUGGAGGCACUACUGUUGAGAAGCCUAACAUUUGCAAAGCAAGGCAGCCAGAUCCUUCAUCUGAGAGUCACUUGCAGCCCUGCAAUGCCAAAACGAGGGAAGAAGAAAGAAGUUGAAGUCCUUCCGGUGGAGAAGGAGGCAGCAGAACCAGAGCCUAAAAAGGCUAAGAAAGGUGGAGCAAAAGCAGAGAAAGAAGCCGAUGGUCCGAUCAUGUACCAAGAUCCUCCUGAUAAACUCACUUCACCCAGUGGCAAAAAAUAUACUUUGAAGGUCACUUCUUGGAACGUAGAUGGCAUCCGAGCCUGGUUCAAGAAGGGCGGCCUGGAGUGGGUAAACAAGGAGAACCCUGAUGUGCUCUGCUUACAAGAAACAAAGUGUGCAGAAAAGCAGCUGCCUGCUGAUGUUCGGGAUCUGAUUGAAUACCCCCAUAAGUUUUGGGCCUGCUCUGAUGACAAGGAGGGUUACAGUGGUGUGGCCCUGCUCUCCAAGACCAAGCCUCUGGAUGUCACCUAUGGUAUUGGUGAGGAAGAACAUGACAAAGAAGGCCGUGUGAUCACAGCAGAGUUCCCCUCCUACUUCCUGGUGACAGCCUACGUGCCCAAUGCCGGUCGGGGACUGGUGCGCCUGGAAUACCGCCAACGUUGGGAUGUGGCCUUCUGCUCUUACCUGCAAGGUCUGGCUGCCCGCAAGCCCCUUGUCCUGUGUGGGGACCUCAAUGUAGCCCACCAAGAGAUCGAUCUGAAGAACCCCAAGGGUAAUAAGAAAAAUGCUGGCUUCACUCCAGAGGAGCGGGCUGGUUUCACCCAACUGCUGGAGGCUGGCUUCAUCGACACUUUCCGCCACCUCUACCCCAACACACCCUAUGCCUACACCUUCUGGACUUACAUGAUGAACGCCCGGGCUAAGAAUGUGGGCUGGCGGCUUGACUACUUUGUGGUCUCCAAGGGGCUUCUGGAAGGGCUGUGUGACAGCAAGAUCCGCUCCACAGCCUUGGGGAGUGACCACUGCCCCAUCACCCUGUACGUGGCUCUGUGAUGUAUGCAAACGAGGGGCCAAGUCUGUUACAGCUUGAGUGGGAUAAGAAAAUCAGAGCUAAAAUUAUUUGUAUAUCCAUGACUACUCAAUCCCUCUAGAAUCAGGAUUUGAAUCUGUAUUCUUCUCCAUAUGGUAGGGCCAUCCCAGAUGGUUAAUAGGGUUCUACAAUCUAAAGGUGUGCCUUUCUCAGGAGUUUUGCAAGACCAUUUCGGGGCUAGCAAAAGAGCAUGGGAAUAAGGUCUUGCUUUGAAACUCCUCCAUUCCACAAGCCCACUAGACCAAGCAGCCCCCAGAGAAGAUGGCUUGAAAGGUGGGGAUGGACCGGGAUAUGUGCCAUAUGAUCUCCUUCCCAAAGCUAUUAAAAGCAGCAGAUGAUUUCUGACA